AUGUCCAAGUUUGUCAUCCCCACCGCUUUAAAAGAAUUAAGAUUCCACCUAUCACAAACUGGUGAAGCAUCAGUACCAUUGCGUAAAUUUCUCACCACCAAUUAUCCAACUUUGAAACAACAAACUGAAUAUAAAUUACCGAUCUUGAUUAGAGAAAGUUAUGGUGUACCACCAAGUUUAACGGCUAGAUUUGAAAGAGGAGAAGAAGUUAGAAAGAAUUUGGAAGGGUUGAGUGAGGGGCAAGUUGCUGAUGCUUUAAAUGAAGUUUUAAAGAGAUGA